GCCGCGGACUUAAACUUUGAAGGGGGAAAAAAGAGCCACCCACGCUGUGCGACCACCCUUGCCCCCCCGCCCCACCCUGCCUCCGGUAACGCCCUUGCCUCGCAGCCUCCGACCAAACUUGUCUCCAACUUCUGCGACCCGUGAGAUUCCCUCCUUUCUACCCUGGCCCUGGGGACCUCUCUGCCCAUCCUUGAGCCAGGAGGAUCCCUGGGAACCACUUGAUCCCAAACUCAGACUCCAGCCCUCCGCUCCCGAGGUGGCGAAUUUGUCGGGCCUUCUUCGAGAAAUCUUGGUCUCAGAGGCAGUAGAUUAUGGGGCUCCCUUGCUCCCCUCUCAAUCCCUUCUCUGUCCAAGGGGCCUUUGGAUCGCGGGGUCUUUGAUCCAUGUAACCCAGACUUGCUAGAUUUUCCUCUCUGAUUUCUUGCAAUUUCGCAGUUGCUAGGUUUCCAGUCCAUUUCUUUCUCCUUUCUGAUAUGUGAUCCCUUGAUUCCGACUGUGUGAUCCACUGCAGUCCUUUUCUCUCGUUUCCCAGGAUUUUGCCUUUCUCGGUCCCUCGGUCCCUACCGGCUUUCUCUUCUGGGACCCUUGCGCUCCUUCCAUAACCCCACGAGCUCCCUCGGCUCAAGGACUCGGGUUCCCCGGGCUCUCCAGCCGGAUUUGGGCGGCGGGCGGCGGGUCCAGGCCUGCCCCCAUGGCCGCCGCCCCCUCCCAUCCCGCGGGGCUCCCGGGCUCCCCCCGGCCCGGGUCUCCUCUCCCCACCAGCGGCUUGGAGUUACACUUGCCGCCACAGCCGCUGGCGCUCCAGGCCCCGGCUCCCGGGGUCUCCUUCCACAUCCAGAUCGGCCUAACCCGCGAGUUCGUGCUGUUGCCUGCCGCCUCUGAGCUGGCUCAUGUGAAGCAACUGGCUUGUUCCAUCGUGGACCAGAAGUUCCCGGAGUGUGGCUUCUAUGGCCUUUAUGACAAAAUCCUGCUCUUCAAACAUGACCCCACAUCGGCCAACCUCCUGCAACUGGUGCGCUCUGCGGGGGACAUCCAGGAGGGCGAUCUGGUGGAGGUGGUACUGUCUGCCUCCGCCACCUUCGAGGACUUCCAGAUCCGGCCGCACGCGCUCACCGUGCACUCCUACCGCGCACCUGCCUUCUGCGACCACUGCGGGGAGAUGCUCUUUGGCCUGGUGCGCCAGGGCCUCAAGUGUGAUGGCUGCGGGCUGAACUACCACAAACGCUGCGCCUUCAGCAUCCCCAACAACUGCAGUGGGGCCCGCAAGCGGCGCCUGUCCUCCACAUCUCUGGCCAGUGGCCACUCGGUGCGCCUUGGCAGCUCCGAGUCCCUGCCCUGCACGGCUGAGGAGCUGAGCCGGAGCACCACGGAACUCCUGCCUCGCCGCCCGCCUUCGUCCUCUUCUUCCUCUUCUUCUGCCUCAUUCUACACUGGUCGCCCCAUUGAGCUGGACAAGAUGCUGCUCUCCAAGGUCAAGGUGCCGCACACCUUCCUCAUCCACAGCUACACGCGGCCCACCGUUUGCCAGGCUUGCAAGAAACUCCUUAAGGGCCUCUUCCGCCAGGGCUUGCAGUGCAAAGACUGCAAGUUUAAUUGCCACAAGCGCUGUGCCACUCGUGUCCCUAAUGACUGUCUUGGAGAAGCUCUCAUUAAUGGAGACGUGCCGAUGGAAGAGGCCUCUGAUUUCAAUGAUUCCGACAAGACUGCCCUCCUCACGGAUGAGUCAGACGACUCCGGUGUCAUCCCAGGAUCCCACUCGGAAAAUGCCCUUCAUGCCAGCGAGGAGGAGGAAGGCGAGGGCGGCAAGGCUCAGAGCUCCCUGGGCUACAUUCCCCUGAUGAGGGUGGUGCAGUCAGUGCGGCAUACGACGCGGAAAUCCAGCACCACGCUGCGUGAAGGGUGGGUGGUUCAUUACAGCAACAAGGACACCCUGAGGAAGCGGCACUACUGGCGCCUGGACUGUAAGUGCAUCACGCUGUUCCAGAACAACACGACCAACAGAUACUACAAGGAAAUUCCAUUGUCAGAAAUCCUCUCGGUGGAGCCGGCUCAGAACUUCAGCCUUGUGCCACCAGGCACCAACCCACACUGCUUCGAGAUCAUCACUGCCAAUGCCAUCUACUUUGUGGGCGAGACGCCUGGUGGGGCCCCGGGUGGACCGAGCGGGGCCGAGGCCGCCCGGGAUUGGGAGAUGGCCAUCCGCCAGGCCCUGAUGCCCGUCAUCCUCCAGGACGCACCCAGUGCUCCAGGCCAUGCACCACACAGACAAGCUUCCCUGAGCAUCUCUGUGUCUAACAGUCAGAUCCAAGAGAAUGUGGAUAUCGCCACGGUCUACCAGAUCUUCCCAGAUGAGGUGCUGGGCUCAGGGCAGUUUGGAGUGGUCUAUGGAGGAAAGCACCGGAAGACCGGCAGGGAUGUGGCAGUAAAGGUCAUCGAUAAACUGCGUUUCCCCACCAAGCAGGAGAGCCAGCUACGCAACGAGGUCGCCAUUCUCCAGAGUCUGCGGCACCCAGGGAUCGUGAACCUGGAAUGCAUGUUCGAGACACCCGAGAAGGUCUUCGUGGUGAUGGAGAAGCUGCAUGGGGACAUGCUGGAGAUGAUCCUCUCCAGCGAGAAGGGCCGGCUGCCCGAGCGCCUCACCAAGUUCCUCAUCACCCAGAUUUCUGCCCUGUGGUCUUUGCCUGCUCAUUCCUGCACUAAGCUCUCUGCUUCCUGACCUUACUCACCCCUCGGCACCCUUUGAGAUCUUGGUUGCUUUGAGACACCUUCACUUCAAGAACAUCGUCCACUGUGACUUGAAACCGGAAAAUGUGUUGCUGGCUUCUGCGGAC